AUGGGAUCGGAUAUUUUCAUUGGUGACUUUCCUCACUUACAACGUUUACAGCAGCUGUCUGAAAUGCUUGAGGUUUUAAAAAGGCAAGUCAAUAUCAGUCAUGCGCAUCGCGCACGUCACAUUUUAUACGGGCAGCAAAACAUCUCGAAGCCAAUUAAAAGACAAACUGAAGAGAUACAGAAGAAGAUUAUUGAUCUGGAAAAAAUAACACAUCGAAGUGUUAUUGGCGGUCGGGAGAUAUUGUGGAGUAACACGUCUGACUAUAUGAAGACUAACAAAGCUCAUGAAUUGCUACGUAAAGUCUUAACUGCCUGUGGUGUAAUAAUGGCGAUAAAUGUGUUCUUGUUUGUCCAGGCUGGAAAAGACUUAAAGCGACGAAGAAAAGAAAACAUGAGUGAGCGUGAAAUGCAACGUAAAGAAUUGAAUUUAUCAGGCGAAGAGAGGCAUAAAAUUGGCAAACCAGCAGGGCCUAAUUCGUUGCAGCUUCUUUGUGCAAAAGACAAGAAAAUGGCAGAAGAAAACGUGGUCAGUGGGAACGAUAAUAUACGGAUUGUUUCCAAUUUUCUCCUGCAUUCUCCUCCUGGAGAGUUUAAUGAGUCUGUUCAAGAAGUUCUGGAAUGGGUGUCUUUAUUAUUCAACAUUUUGCACAUAUUCUUGGAUUAUGGUGUCUUUGUUAGCGAAGUUUUUAACGAUGUGCGUAUGUUACUGAACAAUGAUAACCUACUGAAAGAUGGCUGUGCGGCUGCAUUCGCACAAUACAAUAAGGAGCAGUUUAUCCCUGUUAAGUUGGAAAGCGUUGACAAACAGACUUUAAUCACACCAUUCAAUGAAAUGCCGAAUGGCCGUUUUUACGAUCCAAGAUCAAGAAAUUCAUUCAAAUAUGAACAUUUACGGAAAGAAGCUACUGAUAUUCAGACAGAAAGCGCAAAUGACGUCAGUUUUGAAACUUGGCGGAAAGCAAUUCAAGAGGAAGCCGACAAAUACAUUGACAGUCACUAUGAAGAAACGGGUAUAGCAGCAGUGUUCGUGAACAAUGACUCAUUGACGUUAUGUAUCGAAAGUCAUCGUUAUCAACCCAAAAAUUUCUGGAAUGGGCGAUGGCGUUCGCAGUGGACAAUACCUAUCGCAGAUGGCAAAAACCAGCAGUGUGAAAUUAAAGGAAUCAUCAAAGUACAUGUACAUUAUUACGAAGACGGCAAUGUUCAACUUGUAUCGACAAAGGAAACAUCUGUCAAAGUUACAUACACUGAUGCAGUCCAAGAAAACUACCAACAAAUGUCUGCCACAACGUUCAAAGCUCUGCGCCGUCAGUUGCCCGUAACGGGUGUGAAAUUUGAUUGGAACAAUACACAUGCAUAUCGAAUCAGCAAGGAUUUGAAACCACAGUGA